AUGGCGACGGCGCGCGGCGGCGGCGGGAUCCCCCGCGCGCUGCUGCUGCCGGUGCUGCUGCCGGUGCUGCUGCCGGUGCUGCUGCCGGUGCUGCCGGUGCUGCUGCCGGUGCUGCCGCGCGCCGCCGCCGAGCAGGUUGUCCUGCUGGACUCGAAGGAAUCGCAGGCGGAGCUGGGCUGGACCUCGCACCCGUCGAACGGGUGGGAAGAAAUCAGUGGUGUGGAUGAGAAUUACAAGCCGAUACGCACGUACCAGGUCUGCAAUGUGAUGGAGCCAAACCAGAACAACUGGCUGCAGACGGGCUGGAUUGCCAGGCGUGACGGCCAGCGGAUUUUCAUCGAGCUGAAGUUCACCCUGCGGGACUGCAACAGCAUCCCUGGCAUGACGGGCACCUGCAAGGAGACCUUUAAUCUGUACUACAUUGAGUCUGACUCCGACCUGGGCCGUAGUGUCCAUGAGAGCAAGCACACCAAGAUUGACACCAUUGCAGCUGAUGAGAGCUUCACGCAGGGGGAUUUGGGGGAGCGUAAGAUGAAGCUGAACACCGAGCUGAGGGAGAUCGGGCACCUGAGCAAGAGAGGCUUCCACCUGGGCUUCCAGGACGUGGGUGCCUGUGUGGCACUAGUCUCUGUGCGGGUCUAUUACAAGAAGUGCCUGGCCACGGUGCAGAACUUGGCCAUGUUCCCGGACACAGUGGCAGAAACAGCCUUCGCCACUUUGGUGGAAGUUAAGGGCACUUGUGUCGCUCACGCCGAGGUGGAGGUGGACAAUCCCCCCAGGAUGCACUGCAGCACAGAGGGCGAGUGGCUGGUCCCCAUCGGGAAGUGCACGUGUGGUCCCGGCUUUGAGGAGAAGGACGGGGGAUGCAGAGCUUGCCUUCCUGGAUUUUACAAGCUCUCCCUGCGUCUCCCUCUCUGCUCUCCUUGCCCUGAGCACAGCUUCACGCAUGAGGAAGCCUCCACGUUCUGUUCGUGCCAGAAGAACUAUUCCAGGUCCCCGUCAGACCCACCAUCUGCCUCCUGCACACGCCCGCCCUCGGCCCCGAGGAACCUGGUGUACAGCCUGCGGCGCUCCUCGCUGGUGCUGGAGUGGAGCGCCCCGGCUGACGCCGGCGGCCGCAGUGACCUGACCUACAGCCUGUGGUGCGGCCGGUGCCCGCCGGCACCGCGGGGCCGCUGCCAGCAGUGCGGCAGUGGCGUGGGCUUCGUGCCGCAGCAGACGGGGCUGGUGGGCCGCACCGUCACUCUGGUGAACCUGCUGCCCCACGUCAACUACACCAUCCGUGUGGCCGCUGUCAACGGCGUCUCCGGGCUCUCCCCGCUGGUGGGACAGGAAUACGCUGAGGUCAACGUCUCCACCGGCCCGGCAGCACCGACUCCCAUCACCGACGUCCGCACGGAUAAAGUUGAGCAGAAGAGCAUCUCAUUGUCGUGGCAGGAGCCGGGCUUCCCAGUGGCCAACAGCACCGAGUAUGAGGUCAAGUACUAUGAGAAGGAUCAGAGAGAUCAAAGUUACUCAACUGUGAAAACCACCUCAACAACCGUGACAGUCAAUAACCUGAAGCCUGGAACCCUCUAUAUUUUCCAAAUCCGGGCAUCUUCCUCGCCUGACUAUGGAAACUACAGUCCCAGUAUUGAAGUGGAGACUCUGGCAGAGCUGACCGUGGCCUCCAGCGAGCAGAGCCCUGUCCUCCUGGUCACGGUGGGGACCAUCGUGGGGCUGACAGUGCUGGUGUCUGUGGUGAUCGGCGGGAUGGUCUGGAGGAGACAGUGUGGGUACAGCAAAGCCAGCCAGGAUGGGGACGAGGAGCUGUACUUCCACUUUAAAAUACCAACCAGGAGGACGUACAUUGACCCCGACACUUGUGAAGACCCCAUGCAGGCUGUGCACCUCUUUGCCAAAGAGCUGGAUAAUGCUAACAUUAAAAUUGAGAGGAUCAUUGGGACAGGAGAGUUUGGAGAAAUCUGCCGGGGCUGCCUGAAGCUGCCCAGCAAGCGAGAGCUGCCCGUGGCCAUCCAGACGCUGCGGGCCGGGUGCUCCGAGAAGCAGCAGCGGUCCUUCCUGGCAGAGGCCUGCACCGUGGGCCAGUUUGACCACCCCAACAUCAUUCGCCUGGAGGGGGUCAUCACCAGAGGGAGCACCAUGAUGAUAGUGAUGGAGUUCAUGGGGAACGGCGUGCUGGACUCUUUCCUCAGGAAACAUGAGGGACAGUUUACAGCCACCCAGCUUGUUUGCAUGUUGCAGGGGAUUGCCUCUGGUAUGAAGUACCUGGCAGAGAUGGGUUACAUACACAAAAGCCUUGCUGCCCACAAAAUCCUUGUGAGCAGCAGCUUGGCUUGCAAAAUAACUGGUUUCAGGCAGCCACAAGAAGAUAAGAUGGAGACCAUCUUUUCCACCAUGCGUGGGAAGAGCCUGGUGCUGUGGUCGGCCCCUGAAGCCAUCCAGUAUCACCACUUCAGUCCAGCCAGCGACGUGUGGAGCUUCGGCAUCGUCAUGUGGGAAGUCAUGUCCUAUGGCGAGAGACCCUACUGGGACAUGUCCAACCAGGACGUGAUGAAGGCCGUGGAGGACGGGUUCCGCCUGCCCGCCCCGGUGAACUGCCAGCCGUCCCUGCACCAGCUGAUGCUCGACUGCUGGCAGAAGGAUCGCAGCCAGAGACCCAAGUUCUCGCACAUCCUCAACAUCCUGAGCAAGAUGGUGCAGAGCCCGGAGGCCCCACAGUGCCCCAGCUCCACCUGCAGCAGGUCCCGCAGCACGUCCAUCCCUCUGGCCGAGAGAACCUUCUCAGCCUUCCCAUCUUUCAGCUCUGUGGGCGAGUGGCUGGAGGCAAUAGAAAUGGGCAGGUACAAAGACAACUUCACCGCUGCGGGCUACUGCUGCCUGGAGUCAGUGGCCAGGAUGACAGCCCAAGAUGUCCUCAGCCUGGGCAUCACGCUGGUGGAGCACCAGAAGACCAUCCUGAGCGGGAUCCAGACCCUCCGGGCCCAGGUGAUCCACAUGCAGGGCCGAGGGGUGCAGGUGUGAAGCAGCCGCGACCGACCUGCGCUCCCGGGGGGGGGACAGCCAGUGGCCCUGAACCUGCCCUAAGCUCUGGAACCUGCUGGUUUCAGGGGGGAUGUGGGAAUCACUGGGCUGCUGCCAAACCAGUCGUUCCUCAUGGAAGGAGAGCAUGGCCAGCAGGGCUCUCCCUAGCACUGUUUUGUAAGAUGAGUCGAACUGUAACUCCCAUGGUAAUGAGGUUAACAGGGUCGAUGGACAUUUGUGCACUGUCUUAAUCCAGAGCUGACAACAUUUUCAUACCUAGCAUCCUACUGGUGAAAUCCAUCCAGCUUUUUAUACAAGCUGACAUGUUCUAGCAACCCCACAAGGAGCUUUGAUUGCUUUUAUUUUUAGAGACCAGAGCUCAGCUCACACCCAAGGCCCAACUUCUGGAAGGUGACUUUCCCCAUCUGCUCUGCUGAAAGGAAACUCUUUCCCAGCCGGGUCCCUUCCGCUCCAAGAGUCACUUCACUGAGUCUUGACACCACAGUUGGUGAACAAAAACAAAUAUUCUCCACUGAAGUGCAGAGCAAAUGCUGCUGAAUGUUUCUAAAGCUCUCUUGACAUGACAAUUUCAGGAGAAGAAAUGAAAAGCUUUGAUGAAGAGAGCCAUGGGUGCCAGUUUUCCGCCACAGGGCAGAGGUCUAUGCUUGCAGUGCCAGCACAUCCCAGCAUCCAGGUCGGGGGGGGGGCUGUGCCCAAGGGACCACACGUCCCUGCAGGAUGCUGGGCUUGGGCAGAGCUGACUGUUGCAUCCAUGGAAUCCCUGAUAUUGUGCCAUGCAAUCCAGGCAAACCAGGCACAUCAGCACUUCAGUGCUGCCUGCCAGCACUGGCAGCUCCCACUGGUGCAGGCUUGAUCCCUGACAGAAGACAAAAAUAGCAUCUGCUUAAUAAUACAAAUUUCCUUGAAGUUAGUUAAUUAAAUGGGUCUUUGCAGCCUUGUACAGAGUUUUGUAGGCCUUUUAUUAUCAUCUAUAAGUAUUGCAAGUGAAUUAUUAACGAUGAAAGGAAAAGAUUUACAAAAGGAAUGCAUGCUGUGGGAGAUGUUCACACUGCGGCUGGAAAUCUGUUCCAGUCAGACCUUCCUGUGAGCCUGCUCAGAGGGGAGGGGGAUCUGUGGUGCCUGAGGCAGCCCUGGUGGGGCUGGCCCUGCCCUGUCCUGCCUGGGCAUCUUCCUUCUCCCUGGGUCCAGCAGAGCAGCUGCUCUGCAUGGCCAGAGGUGCUGCUGGGUGUCCUGGCUGGCAGCAGGCGAGGGCUGGGUGCGUUCCUGGGAGUUCACUGCUCUCUGGGAUAAACAAGCUCUCUCCUUUCUGCCACUUCAGCAGUUUAAACAACAUUCCCCAAUGUCACUUGGUUAGUUUUUUAAUGGAAAUAAUUUGUCUAAGUCAGGCCCUUGCCCAGUCCAGCUGGUCACUUGCCAUCCUGCUAUUUCACACCCAGAGAGUGAUAAUGGUGAACAAAAACCUUAAUUUGGUGGAAAUGCCGGAUCCCAAGGAUCAAGUGCAAUUUGUAUGCUCUUUAUGUUUACAUUUUAUCUAUAGAGAAAGAAUAUUCUAGUUCUCUAGGCAGGGACUUGAACCAACUUGAUUCCAGAUCCUCUCCAACCCCCUUCCCUGCUCUUGUCUGCCCGCUGAGAUUUCCAGCAGCCUCCUUUGUUGGGAGGUGACUGUUGGAGGGAGCAGAGGGUCCUGGGUAGUGGCCAUGGGGGCAGGUCCCUGCCCUCCCACUGCCCCAGAGCUCUGCCCAGGGUGGCAGCCCCAGAUCCUCCUCUGCCCAUUGCUUGUGUGAUAUACUUGCUCUGUGCAAGCACUCCAAGACAAACGAGGCCAUCUUCCAACCAUUUCUUUAGUGUUUCCCCCACUGAACUAGGCUCCUCUGCUACAUUCUGUAGGACAAUCAGAAUUGAAGGCCUAGUUUCUUCCUCUGAGUCUCUUUAACUGUUCCCAAAAGAAAUUCAGUGUUUAAUUAAACCAGGACAAUUACUUUUCUGAGUUACUCUGGUGAGGGACUCAGAAGAAGCUGUUUCUUUCAGACUCCAUGGUUCUGUGGAUGGGACUGUUCUCUAUUUCAGCAGGUACAAGGAGGAUUUGCUUUCCUGGCCUCUCCUUCAAGAAAGAAAAGAAAAAGUGCAUAAUGGAAGUAUGCUUUCUAGCUUAGCUUGCUGCAAUAGUAAACGCUUUUGAUUGAGCUUCUUGUCAGCACUGAAGAUAAUAGAAUGAGCAGAUUAAACAGUGCAGACCCCAUUUCCAGUCUUGUGUCUUCAGAGCUGGAGCCAGCACUGGGGGGGCAGCUGGACAUGGCACCACGGGCAGAACACGGGGCCUGGCCCCCCAGCACAAAACCAAAACUGGGAUCAAGUUGGUUCUUCUCCAGAUGCUUUUUGAUAUUCAUUAACCAUGUGUUAUAUACUGUAAAUACAUACUUGAGAAGUCAAUAUAUAUUUUUAUAAGCUUGAAACAAAUGUAAUAUAUUAUCAUAAGGGACACUGUGUGCAUUUCAUGUUCCAACUAUAGUCAGACACCUCCAGGGAAUCACUGUUGGUUUGGAAUAAAUAAUUAUAGUAAUAAUGAAAAUGGUAAUAAAGAUCUAUUGACAUUUUUGUUAAUUUUGUAUUUAUUGAGCUAUGUUUAAAGAUUGCAAUAAUGAGAUACCUAACUACUUAAGUAAAAACUACCAC